AGGCGCUUAGACCCGAAUCACCGAUGGGUCCGCUGCAAUGCCACCCAAACAAUCGAGUCAGAAUUGAGCACUAAGUUCUCGAAGCCCUUAUUCACGCCACCCGAACGAGGCUAGCGCUUCUUAGAACGAUGACUACUGUUUUCUACAAAAGAAAGGGGCCUUCCCUCCUCCGCUGGGGGCAAUUUUGACGAGUUAAAUCAAUCUCCAUCUCAACCAACUAUUCGUCGCUCGCUUUAGUCACUCGUUUAACAUUCAGCACCAUGGUCCGAAUUACCUCUCUGUUGGCGCUGCUCGGUGUCCUGGGCGCACCUCUGGCAGCUGCAGCCUACAAUCAAACAGAGCAAAAUGAGAACGCUACCUGCGAUAAUGGGUGCUUUUUCAGCAGCUUCAAUGGGUCUUGCGCAAACGAUGCAGCCUGCAUGUGCGACCAGCAGAAAUACCGCGAAGCCUACUUCUGCUGUAUGGGAAAGAAAUGCGCCAGCUCCGUCUUGCCCGAUUCCAUUGUGCGCCAGCAAGCGGAUUGUAACGCCAGAAACAUGCCUUUCACAUUCGAUGCCUUGGCAGUUUGCGGUAUUACUUUAACUACCACUACCACGUCCUCGACGACUGCUUCCUCCGGCAGCUCUGCAAGUUCCACUGCUUCGACUGCUUCGGCAACCACUUCGGCCGGUUCCGCCACGGGCACAUCGGCGGCUUCGUCCACGGAUGCGUCGGGGUCUUCGGCUACCGCUAGCAAAACCAACACAGCCUCUUCAACGUCCACCCCGACAGGGAACAGCGCGUCAUCGAAUACGGUUAUGCUCAACGCCGUUGUGGGUAUUUUCGCGGCCUCUGUGGUGUUGUCCUAAGCUUGUCAAGUCCCAUGCGAAGGUGAUUCCAUUACACCGGGAUGAGGACAUGAUUCUCUGCGUGUAUUCUAUGGAAUAUGGAGUGUGAAUCUUAUUUUCACAACCAAUGUUGUCUGUUGAUUGCAACACAUUUUUGUAAAUCCUUAGUCACGAUUCCAUGAUCGUGUUGAAGUCGACGGGCCUACAGUGAUCCUGCAAGUCUGACAAUAUAUUCUCACAUGUCAUUAAAUGAAAUCAUGCCACAAAUCACCAAGGCAUUCUCUAUCACCUAUCACAAAGCAAUGCGAAAACUCCG